CUAAAAGGGAAAGGGCAGAGGCUCACUCGGUGAGGUGCUAGCAAGGUGUUCCCAUAAACUUGGUGACGCCUGUAACCUACAUCCUCUCUUUCUCUCUCUCUCUCUCUCUCUCUCUCUGUGUAUAUAUAUAUAUAUACACCACCACCACUUCAAGGCCAUUCCUCCCCCUGUUCUUGGUUACCCUUUACCCAACUAUUUCUUGUUUCUUGAUUCUUGAUACUUGCUUUUCUUGAAUUGAUAUUGGUAUACAUAUAUACAUAUAAUCGUGCAGUUUCUCGUUUGUCAUCACCAAUAUCACUAAGUACUACAUCUUUAUUAGCGUUUAAUUUCAUCUCUCUCAUCAAGAGGGAGAUUGGUUUCUUGAUGACGAUUUUGACGUUACCACUUGUUUUUGGCUCAUUCUUGCUUCCUUUUCUUGUUCUUCUUCUUCCUCUUUUCCUUCAAUGGCAUCAUUCCAAAGACAAACGCCUCCCUCCUGGCUCAAUGGGAUGGCCUUAUAUUGGAGAGACUCUCAAGCUCUACACUCAAAACCCGAAUUCUUUCUUCUCCAAUAGGCAAAAACGGUAUGGUGAUAUAUUUAAGACCCAUAUAUUGGGAUGUCCAUGUGUGAUGAUAUCAAGUCCAGAAGCAGCAAGAAUUGUGUUAGUGACAAAAGCACAUUUGUUCAAGCCAACAUAUCCAACAAGUAAAGAGAAAAUGAUAGGGCCAGAGGCUCUGUUUUUCCAUCAAGGAGCUUAUCAUUCAAGACUCAAGAAGUUGGUGCAAGCUUCAUUUCUACCUUCGGCAAUAAGAGGUUCAGUCUCUGAAAUUGAGCAGAUUGUUUUGGCAUUUCUUCCCACUUGGAAAAAUGCAACCAUUAAUACUUUGCAGGAAAUGAAGAGGUAUGCUUUUGAUGUGGCAAUGAUUUCUGCGUUUGGAGAGAAACAAGCCUUGGAAAUACAAGGAAUUAAACAUCUAUAUCUCUGCCUGGAGAAAGGCUAUAAUUCUAUGCCUUUGGAUUUGCCAGGAACUCUCUUUAACAAGGCAAUGAAGGCAAGGAAGCAACUGAAUGAGAUAUUGAGGAGAUUGAUAGAGAAGAGAAGAGAAAGUGGGAAAGAAGGAGGAGGACUUCUUGGAGUUCUUUUAGGAGCUCAAGAUGAAAAGCUUAAUAAUAAGCUUAACGAUUCCCAAAUCGCUGACAAUAUAAUUGGAGUGAUUUUCGCUGCUCAUGAUACGACUGCAAGUGUCCUAACAUGGGUUCUCAAAUACUUGCAUGAUAAUCAAGAUCUACUACAAGCUGUUGCGACUGAACAGGAACGAAUUAGACAAGAAAUAAUUGAGGCAAAUCGUAGGCUUACGUGGGAUGAUACAAGACGCAUGCCGUUGACUAUCAGGGUGAUACAAGAGACACUAAGAAGAGCAAGCAUACUAUCAUUUACAUUUAGAGAAGCAGUCGAAGAUGUAGAAUUUGAAGGUUACUUAAUCCCAAGAGGUUGGAAAGUUCUGCCUCUCUUUAGAACCAUUCAUCAUUCUGCAGAUUUCUUCCCUCAACCCGAUAAAUUUGACCCUUCAAGAUUCGAGGUGCCACCAAGACCUUAUACUUACAUGCCCUUUGGCAAUGGAGUCCAUUCCUGCCCAGGCAGUGAGCUAGCUAAGCUUGAAAUGCUCAUUCUCCUGCACCAUCUCACUAUAACUUACAGUUAGUUGAUAUGAGGAGAAUGGUGAUGGUGGUGAUGGUGCUGCCGGUGAUGGCGGAGGGUGGAGGACGGGCCACUGGUUGGUAGUGGUCCUAUUAUCAGUGUUCCUUGGGCUGUGGAAGUGGUCCUUAUAUAGUUUCAAGAAAAGAGAAGAAAAGAAAAUGAAAAUAAAUAUUGGGAGUGAUCAAUCAUACACGUGGCUUCCAUGCAUCAUAUCACACAUUUGUCCAUGAACAGUAGUACUACUUCUCCAACUCUUUGCGUGAUAUCUCAUUCAAGUAGGUCCAUGUGUUAGACUUAGUGGAAUCCUACCUGUUUUUUUCUUUUCUUUUCUAGUAAUACAUGUUUUACUUCUUUAUAUUAGACACAAUAACGGUUCGGUUUUAAAUUGAAAUCGAAUUCAUCAAA